CUCUGUCUUUUCUCUUCUCCCCCCCUUCCCUUCUUGUCCCCACUGCCUUCAGACCAACCAGAGAUACAAGAGGAAAUUUACAGAAAAGACGAUAGGCUCCUCACCUUGUUAAAAGAUGUUUAUGUCGAGUCCAGAGAUCCACCUGUGCAGGUAAAAGAUGGGGCUGGUGAACAUCUUCCGUGUAAACAAGAGGAAAAGAGACUUACAAAACUAGGCCACUUGGGAGAUCUAGAUGUGAAGAAAGUUCCCAAAGGCAAAAUUUCCAUUGUGGAGGCUCUGACACUUCUUAAUAAUCAUAAACUUCAUCCUCAAAUAUGGACUGCAGAGAAAAUAGCAGUGGAAUACAGUCUGGAACUGAAGGAGGUCAACUCUCUUUUGGAAUUCUUCAUUCCUUUUGCUGUGCAGGAGUUUCCUAAAGAAACCAAAAAAGCUAUAAAGCCAACAUAAAAGUAAUUACCAAAUUGUGUGAUCUCAUUCGUGUCUUAAUUUUACUU